AUGUGGGAGUCAGGUGGCAUCUUAAAGACGCGCAAGAUUUCUUGGCUCUCGCAGGUCUUUGAGGAGAAGAACACCCUGGCCCUCCAGCUGAGAGGGAGCAGCCGCGGCCUGCGGGAGAGCCAGCAGCGCUACGGCGACGUCGUGGCCCGCUGCGAGGCGCUGGAGAAGCAGCUGCAGCAGCAGCCUCCCGGGAAGGACUUGCGAUCCCUCUCGACAGACGCUGCUCCCGGAGCCCCCCAGGAAAGAAGCGAGCAUCCCAGGGAGAGCUACACUCCAGAGCUGCAGGAACUACAGAUGAGGCUGUCGGAGGCUAGGCAGCAGGAGAGCUCCGCGAAGCAGGGCCUGUUGCAGCUGGAGGAGCUGCUGCAGGAGGAGCGGGACCAGCGCCAGGCGGCCGAAGAGGCCUUUUCCGCAGCCCAAGAUCACAUCCGCAGGUUGGAGUCCAGCCAGUGGGCCCAUUCUUCGGACACCAGCAUCGAUAUGCCGCCUGCCCCUGAACGCCCACUGCUGGCUGGCUCCACAGAGGGGACCUUCAGCAAGCCUCGGCCGAGCACUGCCCCCCGGCGCCUCCUCCGCUCGCUCCUCUGCUCUCGGACCCGCCUGCCCCUCCUGGCCACCGUCUACCUCCUCACGGUCCACGUCCUGCUGCUGCUUUGCUUCACAGGCCACCUGUGAGAGCAGCCGCCGCCCUCAGGCCCACGAGAGUCGGCCCCGUC